GCAGUUCCUUCUGGUCGGUGACCAGCUGUUUUGUGCCGUCGUUCCCUUUUUCCCGCUGGCUGCCUGACCGGCCACCCGAAAGAUGUUCCGAAUUGGAUUAAAAUUUCCGUGCAACGGUCUAAAUCGGGUCAAGAAACACGGCUGCUCUAGAUUAUACUUCACGGCCAGGUACUACGAAACGCGGGCGCGCGUGAAACACGAGCCGGAUGGAAGGCUAUGCAAGGAUGUCAGACUUAUAUCCAGGUUUACUGGGUCUAAGUAUUCAACUGCACCGCCAAGAAGUGAAAAAAGUCGAGGAUCAGGAACGUUGAUAACUGUGGGAGCUAUAACGAUAGGUACUGUAGGAAUAUUAGCAUAUGCUAAAAAUGACCCGGAAGUUCGAGCUACUCUUGAAGGAUGGAUUCCUGGCACAGACAAAGCUAUUCGGAUUAUCUUUCAGGAAGAUUCCAAUUAUUUCGACUUCAUACUUACAUUCUUCGAAACAUUGAAGCAAACGAUACUGGGCAUGUUCACAAAAGAGGCGUCAAAACCAGAAUCAGCGCCCAAGUCAGCUUUUAAACCAUUGGUUGAGAAGAAAGAAGCGCCUGUUAACCAGAAUUAUGCUGAAAUUCGUGUUAGUAAAGAGAAGGGCGAAAAAGUAGAUGUUGUAGUUGAAAAGCCAGUGCCACCUUCCAAAGAUAUAUCCAAGGAGUUGACGCCGCAAAACCUCGUCGAGUUAGAAACUUAUUCUGGCGAAACUGCCGCUAAAGCUAUCGCGGCUUACCAUAAGGCGGUGUGCGCGCUUCAAGAGUACAAUAAAGAUGUCGUCAAAGUGAUUGAGGGCGUUGGGGCUACAGCGAAUGGAGUUGUUUGGCAAAGGUUGAAGGAAGCCACGGAAAAAAGGAAAGAGACGGUGCAACAAGCGGAACAGAAUGCAAAAGAUGCAUUAGACUCACUCAAACGCAUGUACAAUUUAAUUGACGAACCUGUGCUUGAGGCACCCGCUCACAUGAAAACUGCCGCGAGACGGAAUGUUAGGAAAAUUUUGGAUGAUGUGGAUAAUGCUAAGAAAAAAUAUACCGACGAGCUGCAGAGCGGCAGCAUCGCCGAGCGCUACUGGAAGCAGGUUAAGACAGCGCGGGAGAAUUUUAACGAAGAAUUGCAAAUUCUGUUUCCCAGCAUAAAUAUUCACGACAAGAAAUUGUCUGUUACUGAAGAUGCCUUCGAUUUAUUCGUACUGCAUAUGUAUCACAAAGUCAACUAUCUGCAGAAAGAGUUGGAGAAAUUAAGGACAGUCAGCGAAGCUAAAGUGAAAACAGCAUUGAGGGCGGCAGGUGAGGACGCAAAUCAAGAAAAGCUGGACGCGCUGAUCUGUCUCGCAAUUGAUCAAGAGAAACUUAUUUUGGAAGAUGAGCACACGAGAAAGCUGCUUACGGAGCAGAAGAAGUUCGACGACGAAAUGCGGCGGCAGCUGAAAUUGCAGUCGGAGAUCCACGCCGAUCAUCUUCGUGAGGCACUUUCGGUCAAAGAGCAGGAAACGCAAAGGACGGUGGAACGCGCGCUCAGCGAGCAAACCGACGCCGACUCCAUAAAGCACAAGACACAGCUCGCUGCGGUGGUGGGAAGGUUACGUGCUCUCACGGCGGCUCUUAAAGCCCGCAUGGAGGAGGAGAAGGGUGCGUCUAAUGCGCAGAUCCUCUGGUCGGCCUGUCAAGCAUUGGCUAGAGCGGUGAAAGUGGCACCACCGGGAGCACCUAAGGAUAAGGCAAUCAGACCGCUGGAGCCUGAGAUCAAGGCCGUUUGCAAGGCAGCACCGAAGGAGGAUCCCCUGGUGCAUGCCGCUAUUCAGGGCAUUCCCGAGGAGGCGGCCAAGAGAGGAGUGUUCCCGGAGGAUGCCCUUCGCGAGAGGUUCCUUAAGGUGGAGAAUGUGGCGAGAAGGUUAGCCAUGGUGCCUGCGGAGGGUGCAGCUCUGCCUAUAUAUCUUCUUAGCUAUCUUCAAAGUUUCUUGAUCAUCAAAACGGCCAAUCCAAUUCCGAAGAGCGAGCUCGAAGAUGAACCAAUCGACAUAGACUCGCUGAAUACGUACGAUAUACUCCAGCGUGCCAGAUAUUGGCUGGAUCGUGGCGACUUUAAGAUGACCCUAAGAUACAUGAAUCUGCUGAAGGGCGCGCCCAGAAGCAUCGCCAGCGACUGGAUGAACGAGACUAGGAUCCUGCUGGAGACGCAGCAGGCGAUCGACGCCCUACUGGCGUACGCAGGUGCGACUGGUCUCGCGUAUCUCGGCGCUGGAGAUCCGCCCAAGCAGAAGUAGAACGGGCAGAACACAGAAGACUGUCCCGAACUUCGAGACCGGGGGCAUCCGUAGAAGAACGGGGCGGGGGUGACAGAGGGGAACAGAGAGAGCGAGAGAGAGAGAAAGAGAGAGAGAGAGAGAGAGACGGAGUGAAUCGACGACAGCGGGGAAAAUGGGGGAAGGAAGAACACAGAGAAAUCGCUGCCAGUCUUGUAUAGUGAACAAUGUCUUUUAUAGCAAUUAAAAAAUAGGAUUAUUGUGCCGGGAGAGGUGAAUACAGUAAGAUAACAUUUCUCUUUCACCAGUUUUCAAUCUCGAGGAUCACCCAUCUUCACGACCUGUGCACGAAAAUACACUUUCAGCGCGCGUAACAUCGCUCUUUUGAAUUUUACUUUCUCGCGACGAGGUGUAAAUCGUGUGUAUAUAUAUAUAAUUAAUAUAUGUACGAGGAUUUUAAAUAUCUCGGAUGUAUUUCGAGUGAGCCGUUGAACGGAACAGUGAUCUAAUAUUACAAAAUAAUUUAUCCGAUAAUACUGUUUUGUUUAAAUAAAUAUUUUAUCUGAUAAAAAAAAAUCUACUUUUUUUCUCGCAGCGCUCUCUCCGUCGAGGCAAGAAUUGAAAAUCUGACGUCCCGCCAGAGAAUAAUCGCGCGCGAGAAUUGGUGCGUGUUAAACGUUUAUUUUCGCUCGCUUUUCACACCACUAUUCCGUCCAACAGCUCGAGUAGUGAGUCGUGACGGAGUAGAAAGUUACCGAAUAAAGUGUAAAUACUGGAGGCAAUCGUGUUUUGACGGUAUUACGAAAAGCGGUUAAGCGCGCGUUCCACGUUUUUCGCAGCAUCAACACAUGUUCGUACGCAUACACGUCCCGGGUGUUUAAAUUAUUACUUGCGCCCGACAUACGACCAGCUACGUUCGCAUCUCGUCUCGACAUUGCCCGUACGCGUGUCGCACGCGUCGGAAUUGCCAUUUGUCGUGCCUACGUAGCUCCGAUAAUCACGCCUGGCGCGCGUGUCCAUACUCGGCAAACUCUCCUCGUCCUGAUCUAUCUAUCCAUCCAUCCAUCCCAAGUCGAGUAGCUUUUACUUUAUAACCGGAUAUUACUCUCCCGCGCACCAAACUCUCGUCAUGAAUCCACAUCGAUCGUCGCGCACGUCGCGUGCCGUUGCCUCGCCUUUCGCCUCUCGCUUGAAAUCUUCGCGAUUUCGAAAAAGAUGGGAAAGUAUGCUAGAAAUCAUUGUAAAAAUUGAAAAUAAAAGUGUUUCGUGACAGAA